AUGCCCGGGCGUGUACUGGAUCAACCCAAGAAACGAGUCCUUACCGACGCAACCAACACCCACAAUGCUCUCAAGUCCCCUCCCUCGUCGAAGAAGAGGAAACUCAAUGGGCUCAACGGUAGUUUCAGUUCUUCUCAGGCCAACAAUGGUGGCGUCAGAUCCAAGCUGGCCUCCAGCCAGCCCAAGAGUGCUUUCGAGACUGAGGUCCUCGAGAAGAUGACCCAGGACAUCAUUGGCUUGAAGCAAAAUAACUCCGAGAAAGACCAGCAAUGGGAUAGACCUAGUCUUGAUGACUUCAAUCCCCAUAAAGAUGAGCUCUGCUUCCAGCAGAUUGAAGUCGAAGAAGGCACGCUUCACGGUGGCAAGAUGACAAUCAAGAUGUUUGGCGUGUCGGAGGAAGGACAUUCAAUUCUUCUCCACGUAACCGACUUUCUUCACUACCUAUAUGUCGCUGCUCCUGUCAAUUUCCAACAACAGGAUCUCAGCGGCUACAAAGCAUAUCUCGAAUCACAGCUUGCGAAUCACCAGCCCGUAAUUCAUUCGGUUCAGAUGGUGCUUCGUGAAAACGUCUAUGGAUUUCAAGGCAAUCAAAAGAGCCCCUACCUUAAGAUCACAGUCACAGAUCCAAAAUUCAUCAAUCGGUUACGCACUGCAAUCCAAGAUGGACACGCCAACUACAAAGGAAUGUGGAAGGGUGUUGAAAGCAAGAUUCUGACAUUCGACAGUAUUCAGUACGUUCUUCGCUUUAUGAUUGACACUGGAGUUACUGGAAUGUGCUGGGUUGGCGUCCCUGCUGGAAAGUAUCAUGUUCUACCACAGCAUGAUCGCCAAUCAAACUGCCAGAUUGAAGCGUACUGUCACUACAAGGAUCUCAUCUCACAUGGGCACGAUGGAGAGUGGGCUAAAAUGGCCCCACUUCGGAUAUUAUCCUUCGAUAUCGAAUGCGCUGGGAGAAAAGGUGUAUUCCCAGAAGCCGACAUGGAUCCAGUCAUUCAGAUUGCCAACGUCGUCACCAGAUAUGGAGAGUCCAAGCCCUUUGUUCGAAAUGUUUUCGUCCUCGACACUUGCAGUUUGAUCGUCAAUACCCAAAUCUACGAACAUGAUUCGGAGCCCAAAAUGCUGAUGGCUUGGAGAGAUUUUCUAGAAAAGGUUGACCCUGAUGUUAUCAUUGGCUACAAUAUUGCCAAAUUCGACUUCCCUUACUUGCUGGACAGAGCAAAGCACUUAAAGUUGCAGAAGUUCCCAUACUGGUCACGAAUAAAGAGCGCCGUUUCUCAUUCAACGGUGUCCAACUUUUCCAGCAAGCAGAUGGGGAAUCGUGACAGCAAAACAACAAAUACCCACGGCCGUCUUCAACUUGAUCUGUUACAGCUGGUACAAAGAGAUCACCAACUCAGAAGCUACACUCUCAACUCUGUGAGUGCGCACUUCCUGGGAGAGCAAAAAGAAGAUGUCCACCAUACCAUGAUCACCGAACUUUUCAAUGGUACUCCAGAUUCAAGACGUCGGUUAGCUGUGUAUUGCCUGAAGGACGCAUAUCUUCCACAGCGUCUCAUGGACAAGCUAAUGUGUCUCGUCAAUUAUACCGAAAUGGCUAGAGUCACAGGAGUUCCGUUCAAUUACCUACUUUCUCGUGGCCAACAAGUCAAAUUCAUCAGUCAGCUUUUCAGGAAAGCAUUGCAACAGCAACUAGUGAUACCAAACCUGAGCACGGAAUCCACCGAUGAACAAUAUGAAGGUGCCACAGUCAUUGAGCCGGUUCGGGGUUACUAUGAUGUACCUGUUGCCACUCUUGAUUUUGCCUCACUAUAUCCCUCCAUAAUCCAAGCCCAUAAUUUGUGCUAUACCACGCUUUUGAACAAGUCGAGCAUUGAAAAGCUCAAUCUGACGAAGGAUGAGGAUUAUAUUGUCACGCCUAAUGGGGACAUGUUUGCAACCGCAAAGGUUCGAAAGGGCUUGCUUUCACAGAUCCUGGAAGAAUUACUUUCGGCACGUAAACGAGCCAAGAAGGAGCUUGCCCUUGAAACAGAUCCGUUCAAGAAGGCAGUCCUCAACGGUCGUCAAUUAGCCUUGAAGAUUUCUGCAAAUUCAGUCUAUGGUCUCACAGGCGCUACAGUAGGCAAGCUACCAUGCCUUCCAGUAGCCUCAAGUACAACAGCUUAUGGCCGACAAAUGAUUGAGAAAACAAAAUUUGAAGUUGAGCAAAAGUACACAAUAGCCAAUGGAUAUUCACAUGACGCCCAGGUCAUUUACGGAGAUACCGAUUCGGUCAUGGUCAAAUUUGGAGAGAAGGAUCUGGCCAAGACCAUGGAGCUUGGACAAGAAGCUGCCGAUUUUGUCUCAUCCAAGUUUGUCAACCCUAUCAAACUGGAGUUCGAAAAGGUGUAUUUCCCAUAUCUCCUGAUCAACAAGAAGCGCUAUGCCGGACUCUACUGGACCAAUCCUACCAAGUUCGACAAGAUGGAUACCAAAGGUAUUGAGACUGUCCGACGAGACAACUGUCGACUCGUACAGAUAGUUAUCGAAACGGUCCUGAAGAAGAUUUUGAUGGACCGAGACAUUGAUGGUGCUCAAGACUAUGUCAAGGAGACCAUCUCCAAACUAGUCCAGAAUAAGAUCGACCUCUCCAUGCUAAUUAUUACAAAGGCCUUGUCAAAGACAGAAUAUGACGGCAAGCAAGCUCACGUCGAACUGGCUAAGCGUAUGAUGAAACGGGAUGCGGGUUCUGCACCGGCUCUAGGGGAUCGAGUACCAUAUGUCAUCAUCAAAGGGUCUGCGUCCAGCAAAAAUUAUGAGAAGUCCGAGGAUCCAAUGUUCGUCCUGGAGAACAACGUACCUAUCGAUACCAAGUAUUACUUGGAUAACCAGCUGUCAAAUCCUCUGGGACGAAUUUUCGAACCCAUUCUCGGCGAAAAACGUGCGAACUCACUCCUCAAUGGAGAUCAUACCCGUUCCAUCUCCGUAGCAGCUCCAACAUUGGGUGGAUUGAUGAAAUUCACCAAGAAGACUGAAACUUGCAUGGGUUGCAAGAAACCACUUGUUGGAGCAGAGGAGUCCAAGGGCGCAGUCUGCAAGGACUGCAGACCGAGGAUCGGAGAACUAUAUACUAAGCAUGUCAAGAGGACUGGAGAGCUCGAAGUGCGAUUUAAUCGACUGUGGACACAAUGCCAGAGAUGCCAAGGAAGUAUGCAUUCGGAGGUAUUGUGUUCCUCGAGGGAUUGUCCGAUUUUCUACAUGCGAAUGAAGGCCAGAAAGGAGGUCGAAGAGGCAGGGCGUGAGUUGAGCAGAUUUGAUCAUGAUGCAGGUGCAAUUUGGUAG